AUGGGUUUUAAGCUGAUAGGCCUCAAGCAGGAGGUCAUUCGCAUACCGACCGCUGCCUCCCCGUUCCCAGACCUCUACGAAGCGUCCAUUGCUGAGCUCCAGGCUGGACUUCAAGUGGGCCUUUUCACGAGCGUCGACCUCGUCAAGGCGUGCUUUGCGCGAAUCGAGGAAGUGAACCUCCGGGGACCCGCCCUGCGCGCGUUCAUAGAAACAAACCCAAGUGCGCUCGCACAAGCUGCAGAGCUUGACCGCGAGCGAAGGAAGACUGCCCCCCGCAGUGCCCUUCAUGGCAUUCCGCUACUGUUGAAAGACAACAUCGCGACGCUGUAUAGCGAAGGGCAUGGACACUGCAGCAGCUCCUAUGCAAUUCUCGGCUCGGUAGUCCCGCGCGACGCGCACGUCGCUGCAAAGCUGCGCGCAGCGGGUGCGAUCCUUCUCGGCAAAGCGAACCUCUCCCAGUGGGCAAACUUCCACGGAGCCGGCGUCCCUUCCGGAUUCUCAGCGCGCGGUGGGCAGGCGUCCAAUCCAUACGUCCCGCUCGGGAGCCCAUCGGGCUCGAGUUCGGGGAGCGGUAUCGCUGCCGCGAUAGGACUUGCCGCAGCCACGCUAGGCACCGAAACUGACGGGUCGAUUGUGCUACCGAGCAGUGCAAACAACGUGGUUGGGAUUAAGCCGAGCAUGGGACUCACGUCGCGCGGUGGAGUAUCAAGACACAGUGGGACCAAUGGCGCGUUCGGUUGCGGACGCCGCCGUUCUAUCAUCGCAGGGCGCGAUCCGCGCGACAACUACACGUCUGCGGCACCUGCACAGAUCCCCGACUAUACACGUGCGCUGGACACAGAAGCAUUGCGGGGGGCGCGGAUCGGGGUCCCCCGCAGGUACAUCGCUGCGCAGCUCGAUGGCGUGCAAGUUGCCGCUUUCAACGCGUCGCUCGCGACUCUUCGCAAGCAGGGCGCGACGAUUGCGGACGUUAAGGUGAGCGCUGGCUUGCACAAGGUUCCUACGGGCGUGAAAACGCUGGCAGAUUUGAUUGCCUUCAACAUCGCGCACGCGGAUGAAGAGCUCGUCCCUCCGUACUGGGCCGACCAGUCUGUCUUCAUCACUGCAGAUAACACCACCAUUGACCAGGCGUUUUACGAUGCGCUCGCGGCGGACCUGGAUCUCGGGGCAACGCGCGGGAUCGACGCGGCGCUCAAAGCCUUUGAGCUCGACGCACUCAUCUUGCCGACGAACAUAGCAUCAACUCCUUCUGCUAUCGCGGGACAUCCCAACGUGACCGUGCCUUUGGGCUUCUGCCCACCAGACACCCCACUCUCACCGGCGGAACCAACGCGCAAGAGCGGUCCGAACAUGCCGUUCGGGCUUGCAUUCUUGGGGACGGCGUUCAGCGAGUUCAAGCUCAUCUCGCUCGCGUACGUGUACGAACAAGCGACACACACGCGCCUCAAAGUCCGUGCAUUUCCUGCGGCGAUCCCGAAGACGCAGCUCGCGGAUGUCAUUGGGACGUGA